AUGAGCGUACUUCCAUCGUAUGAGGACUCGAUCAAAGUGCAGCAGCCACCGAGCUACGCUACAAUAGCAACUUCUUCAUGUGAGUGCCCGGUCAGAAGCAUGUAUCACACGGACCCGUUAAAUCUUGUGAUCCUUGGUGAUGAGCAAAACGACACUGUGGAUCCUCUCACUAUGAGCUUUGGCGACUACGUGGUGAGGACCGAGGAGGACAUUUACGACUCCUUUGUCGCUCUACGGAUCAUCAUGGAGGAUAAGAUCAAGCAGAUUGAUCGGAACAUUGAGUUUGUCCAGAAGAGGAUCAUCUCGAGAUCGAGAAACUACUACAUUGACUGUCUAAGACUCAACACGUGUGAAGCAUUCGUCAGAAUACGGAACAGGAUUAUGCUGGAGCUACGUCAAUUACAACAACUCUUCACGCUCAUUGCACAUCACAACGAACUAUACGCACAGGUCAGUUCACAAGUCUGUGAACUGUGCCCACUAAGCGACGUUAAGCCACAGUCCGCAUGCCAUAACAAACUGCUCUUCAGAGCACAGGUGGUUAAGAACCUGGAGAUCUUACAGGAGAGGGUGAACAAAUUUGCCAGCUGUGAUGACGUGGGCUUUGUGCUGAAGGAGAGGGCCAAGGUGUAUAACGAUGCGAGGGAUUUCGUUAGAAGACAAACCCAAAGUUGA